AUGGAGGUCGAGAUCAAGCUCCGCCUCCCCGACGCCGCGGCCCACCGCCGCCUCGCCUCCUUCCUCGCGCCCCGCCUCCUCCGCACCGACGCCCAGCGCAACCUCUUCUUCGACGCCGCCGCGCGCCCCCUCGCCGCCGCCACCGCCGCCCUCCGCAUCCGCCUCUACAGCCUCGAAAACCAGCCCCCCUCCCGCGCCGUCCUCGCGCUCAAGCGCCGCCCGCGCCUCGAGGCCGGCGUCAGCCGCGUCGAGGAACUCGAGGAGCCGCUCGACCCGGCGCUCGCCCUCGCCUGCGCCGACGACCCCGCACGGCUCGGCGGGGUCGACUCCCCCAUCGUCCGGCUCGUCGCCGACGAGUACGGCGUCGGCGGGGGCUCCGCGCCCUUCGUCUGCCUCGGCGGGUUCCGGAACACCCGCGGCGUGUAUGAGCUCCAGGAGGGCGAGGGCCCCCGCCUCGUGCUGGAGCUCGAUGAGACGCAUUUCGAUUUCGGCACCAACUACGAGCUCGAGUGCGAGACGGCCGACCCGGACCAGGCCAAGGAGGUCCUCGAGCGCCUGCUUACGGUGGCUGGCGUGCCCUAUGAGUACUCGCGGAGCAACAAGUUCGGCUGCUUCAUGGCUGGGAAGCUGCUCCCAUAACUAGCUGUGGGCAAAGUCGGAGAGACAUGGGUUGGUUCUGCUGAAGAGUCACGUCAGUUCAAUCAUCUGUCUAUUUGUCCCAGUUUGUUAAAACUGUCAAUCUUCAUCGUCUUAAUCUGGUGUUCCUGCUGGAUGUUGAGCAGUGUGUGAUUAACCCUUUUGGCUUGACCGAGCCUGCCUAAUUUCUAUAUACGCUCUAUUUUCAAA